AUGGCGCGCCAGCUGAGCAUGGACACGCUGCAGCAGGACUUCUGGAAGGAGAGGUACCACAAGGAGCUGAUGCUCCACUUCCGCUGGCACCAGCGCUUCGGGGCGUCCGCCAAGGCCAAGCAGGCGCAGCGGCGGCAGGCCGCCAGGGAGCCGCUCAAGCUGCCCGCCCUCCGGUCUCCGGCGCCCGUGCCCCAGGCCGAGCAGCCGCCCGAGGGGCCCGCCGGGGCCGCCGCGGGCAUCCAGGAGGGGGAGAUGAAGCCCGUGGCGCCGGAGGUGCGGAAGCUGCUGUACCAGGGCAUCUCCCAGGACGGCGAGGGCCGGCGGCGGUACCUGACCCUCCGCACAACCCGCGCGCCCGAGGAGAAGUACAACGCCCCCGUCACCACCAACUUCGUCUACGGCUGGCAGAUGGGGAAAGUCACCAACGUCUACGUGCCCGCGUUGCCCAAGUGCCGCAUCGAGAGCUUCUUCCGCAAGAAUGGGGUCUUCUCGCUGCUGGACCCACGCGAUGUGGCCUUGUGAGAACCCAGCCCCUCUCCCUGCCACGGGGCUCUGGGCUUGGGACCGGGCCAGUCCCCCCACCCCUGGACCACAUUGGCUGCUUGGGACACUGGGCUCUCCUAACAUGACCGCCUGGUGCUGCCCCACUGGCUCUGUGCAUCAUUCACCCACCCGGCCGGGCACUAACCAAAUGUAGGGCCCGGGGGCCUCCCCUUUAACCGCCUCUGCGCAAAGCGGCAUGCCAAGGCAGCUGGGCCUGGCACCUGGCUCUGGCAGAGCCUGACCCCGCCUGGUCAGUGCCCGGCCUGUGGCUGCCAGGGCCCCUCCAAGCAGGGUCAAGGCUCUGGGAGUGGCAGCAGGUGAGGGGCAGGCUGGACAUCAGGCCCUGCAGCAAGUCCAGGUUGGGCACAGGCAGCCAGCAGGGCCUGGCACAUCCUUCAUGGUAACAGCCCUAGGGCCGUGCCAAGGUGAAGGGUGGGUAACUUUAUUGUAGGCUGUGCCAGGCUGGGCCACAUGUGGGCAGAGCCAUUGCACAGCCCUGCGGGCUCCUCUCCAAGACUCCCAGCAGCGCCGGGGGGCUCCCCUGCCUAGCCAGUGUCUCCAUCCACUGGGGCUCUCUGGUGGCUGCCCACUGUCCUCACUGGCAGUCCCUCGCCCUCUUGUUGGGGACCCCCCAGAGUGCCAGCAUGGAGGGAAGGGGGCCCUGAGUCCCACAGCACCCCGAGCCUGCUCUCCAGCCCCUGGGAAUGGCCCCUGCACUGCGGCUCCUGUCCUUCCCUGUGCCCCAGCCCCACGGUGCCCCCCCACGCUCCAGGAUCUCCAGCCCCACAGCUCCGAGCCGUGGGGAGGAUGGGGGGAGCUGAGAGGGAUGGGGCCAGCCCUGCACACACCCGGUCGUGGUGUCUGCCCCACCUCAGUCAAUGCCUGGGGUGGCUGGGCAGCAGGUUGUGGGGUGGCUCUGAUGCCCUGGACUCCCCAGGCACUCGGGGCUCUGGCCCCGCUCUCAGGGGGGCCCCGACAGAACCCUGGGGGCAGUGUGACACCCCUCAGGGUGCACUCUCACCAGGGCAAUCCCCCUUGGGUACAGCAUCUCCUGGGUCUGACCUCGAAGCGUUCAGCCCCCCCCCAUCCAUGCUCCCCCCAGUGAGUCCACCUGGCUGGGACGCCUGGGGAAGCCUCAUGCCCCCAACGGGGCCAGGCACCCCCACUCCGCAGCCAGCAGUGACUCAGCCAGCGAGGGACACAGGAGGGUUAUUAGUGGUCAGGAACACAGCGUAGAACAGGGCUUGUUAGCACAGAAAGCAGGAACCUUCAGCAAAGUCCAUCUGGGGGGGCCAGAGCCCUGGGAUCUCCCCCGAGUCCCAAACCUGGAGAGUGUCCUGCAGCCAACAGCCCACCCCCCACCCCCAGUCAUGCCCAGUUGCCCCUUCUCUGACCUUUGUUGUCUUUCCGGCAAAAUUGGUCACAACGUCUGGCCAGGCAGCCCGACAUGCUCACACCUGAGUCCCACCACCUAGUUAAUCGUGUUGCACACAUGGAGAAACUGAGGCACACACACUAUUCACACAACACAUUAUGCAAAUCUCCCACUUCAUCACAAGCUGUGUGCUGGCAGCCCCCUGGCGGAUGGGCAAUGCCGGGCUGGGAGCGAGGGGAGGGGGCUGCCCAUCUCUGCGUGCCCACCCAUGUUCAGGCCUUCCCAGCCCAGCUCAGGUCGCUGCCUUGCUCACCCGGUGCCACCAGCGGCUCCAAGAGCUCCUGGAAACUCAGCGUGUUCCUGUGGAGAGACCA